ACAAAACAACGCAAGUCAGAUCAAGUUGUGCUUGAGUUUGCGUCAAUUCUCGGUUUAUCUUGAUUCUAAAUAAGUCAAAUGUCAAUCAAUUCUGUUAUAGAUGAGUUGUAAGGAAGUUUUAGGCUUUCGUGGCUAGUGGUUUAUCGUAAAACAGGCUGUCAAAGGAAAUAUGGAUAGUAAAGAAGAAGCCACAGCAACCAGCGGGAACAUGACCUUGGAGAUACCAGCAAGCGUUCCGUCAUAUGUUAUAAUAUCUGAACAAAUUCCUAAAACCAAUGGUGAAGGAACAGGGCAGCAUGGAGGAAGACGAGAGUACCUAUGGUCGGAUGAAGCAACAGAGAAGUUGGUACUGAUGGUGAAGGAGAAUUACUCGAAGGUCACAGGGGGAAGGGAUGGAAGGGAAGAAGUCUUCCGUGAGAUCACCAAAAAAUUAGUGGAAUAUAUUCCAGGCAUUACAGUCAGACAAGUUCACAUGAAAUGGAAGAACUUAAAACAGAGAUUCAAGAAAUACGAACUGAAGAAAUCCAAAGAUAGAUACCGCGUCAAAGAACCUCUGUGCUACAAUUUGCUGUGUUCAUUUCUAGAGAGACCAUCAGUCCCUACAUAUGAUGUGAUAUGUUGCGAUUUUGACGAAGAAGAAGAGGAACUUUUACAGCAGCAUCAGAGACACCCACUCCAAUUACAGCCCCAGAAACAACGAAUGCAGCAGCAGCAAGUUAGCAUAAUUCCCACCAUUGAAAUGAUAGAGGAAAUAUCGCCCACAGACAGUUGCACUAGAAUAUCGGAGAAAACAACAGAUACCAACAAGAGAAGAAAGCUGGACAAGCUCACAGCAAGUCAGAGGAGAAUGGAGUCAUUGUUCAGCGAAGUUCUUAGUGAGAUGAAGAAGAACAACUCUGUCAUGGAGAGUUUUUUUACUGACUUCAGGAACAUUAUGAAAAGAAAUGAGGAACAUCAACUUGAACUAAUCAGAACUCUCAAGGAACGUAAUCAAAUCCUGAAGCAGGCUGUUCAGAAGUGAUAUAAUCAUGUGUAUAUGUACGCAUCUUCAUUCACCAGUGCCAUCUUCAUAGUUCUGUACAGAUAGACAAUAGUUUUAUCAGAAAUAGAAUUUCUCUCUCUCUCUCUCUCUCUCUCUCUCUCUCUCUCUCUCUCUCUCUCUCUCUCUCUCUCUCUCUCUCUCUCUCUCUCUCUCUCUCUCUCUCAAUCAUUCAUUCAUUCAUUCAUUCACACUCUCACUUUCUCUUACUGUUAUAUACUGUUAAAUAUGAGCUAGAUUUUAGUGUACUUUGCAGUAUUGUUUCAUUUAUUGAAACAGAUUACUAAAAGAUUAAUUUAUAAUGAAUAUCAGAUUUGAUUAUUAAAGAAUUGAUGCUAGUGACACUAAAAAAAUGUUAAAUAACAUAAAGGAAAAAUAUGUUUUUUUGUCAAGUUGUUUGGCUCAAAUACUUUGUAAGAGACCAUUUAUAUUACUGAUGACAAAGCAAAAUAUAGACCAGGGCAAAAUACCCAUACCCCAUGAUUCAGUAGUUCUAGGCCUUAUUUAUUUCAUAAUUAUGAACCUUUGGCAAUAUUCUGCUGAAGUCGGUUUGUUUCCGUCUUUUGAAGGAAAGAGGAAGACAUUGAACUGAAAAGAUAGCUGUUUUUUUCUUAAGUUAUGAUCAUAAUUCUGGUUCCUCCAAUAAUUUUCAAAGAAAAUACAGGAAGAAAGAAUUUAUUUCGGUGUAUUUUAUUUUGUGCCAUUAUGCAAAAUAGUAUUUUUUUGUAGUAAAUCUAUAUGAAAAGACCUGUGAAAAUAGAGAAAGUAUAAAUUAAAAGUUCACAAACUAGUCAUAGAGAAGAAAAAAAUAUUUACAAAUAUAUGCAAAUAGUAUUUUUCUUUUUCUUUUACUACUUUUUUCAUAUCAAAGACUGUGAUAUAGGAAAUCCAAGGAAAUAAAACAGAUUUCAAGAACCACUUUAAUACUGUUUUUAAUUCUUUAAAUCCAUAGCAUAAAGCAUAAUCAUAAUUAUUGGACUAUAACUUGUCCAUCUUAAGCAGCAGUUCUCAAACUGCAUGCCAUGGAACUCUCUCAAAUGUGCUGAGGAAAAAAAUGUAGCUCUGGAAUGUAAAUGUGAGUCUGAAAUUGUAUUUCCAAAGACUGCAAAUGCUCACAUUAUAUGUUCCGUUUAUCAGUGGGCACCAUGAGGGCUUGGCAAGGAGGCUGGAAAAGUAUUUUACUAAUCCUAUCUGCUAAAAAUUAUGAUUGAGAAAUCCAAUUGUUCACAAUCCAUCAAAUAAACCACAAUUUGGCUUCCAUAAAAAUGUAAUAUUUGCAAUGACUCCACUGUAAAACUCAACUACUCUGAAAUGUUAUUUGAAAUAUUUAAAAUUUAUACUGUGGAAGAAAUGUCACAUAUUGCUUUAAAGGUUAAAAAUAUUCUUUCCCAGUUCUUGACCUCCUUAUUCGUUAAUGUAAGUUUCUCAGCACUCACUAACAUAAAAACAGAGAAACAGUAGAGACAGCUAGGUGCUGAAGAAUGAAUGUGCCUAUCAUGUGGCCCUCAUUUUGAUAUACAAAUACAGUCAAGGAUAUGUGUUAUAUAUAUCAGGUGUUUUAUUCUCAUACAGGAAUGUAAUUACACAUUAUUUACAGUGGAGUUUUAUAUAUGCAAUCCCAAGUAAAGGCCUGUAUAUAUAAAUGUAUUUUCCUAAUUUGGUUGAGUAAAGAGUUGGUGUGACAUGGAAGUUAAAUAUAUUUCUUCAGUGUAUCUUCAUAUAAUAAAGUCUGAAAACCACUGA